AUGGCUACCAGUACCAUAACGCAGAUCAGGCACCAUGUUGGCCACUCGCACCAUCACCAUCAUCACGAUAAUACAUAUCUCCUGUCACAGAAUAAGAACGAUGCUGGCGUAAAAAUCACAAGAAUUGGCCUGUAUGUCAACUUUGGCAUGGCCAUCGGGAAGGGGGUAGGGGGUUAUUUCUUCAACAGCCAAGGUACCCUGACGGAUCUUAUCAGCGACUUCAUGACGCUGGCAACCAUCUCCUGGUCGCUGAAACCACCAUCGACUCGCUUUCCGGGCGGAUAUGGCAAGUUCGAGAGCUUAGGUUCUCUUGGUGUCAGUGGACUACUCGUAGGAGGAGGAUUGAUGAUGGGAUGGGCCGCACUGGCUGCAAUCUGCCAACAAUUCUUCCCAGACUUUGCCGACUUGGCAUCGAAUCUGGGAAUCAUGGGACACGGACACUCUCACCAUCACGGAGUGGAAGAAUUGGGGCCCAAUAUAAACGCAAUAUGGCUAGCGGCAGGCUCCAUCGUGAUCAAAGAAUGGCUGUAUCGAGCAACUCUCAAAGUCGCCAACGAGCGCAAAUCCUCUGUCCUUGCCUCCAACGCAUACCACCAUCGUGUAGACUCACUCACAGCAUUCGUGGCCCUUCUCAUGAUUGGGGGUUCGAAUUUUCUCACAAACGCCUCCUGGCUAGACCCUGUCGGCGGCCUUGUAAUCUCUCUCAUGGUUGUACAGGCAGGUUACGGAAAUACCAAAGCCGCACUUCUUGAACUUGCAGAUGUCGGCGUAGAGGAGGAGAUGGUAAACAACGUACGGGGGCGGGCAACUCAGGCACUCGAGAGCAUCGGAGAAUCAUCGGUUGGUGUACGGAACGUCGAGGGUGUCAAGUCGGGCCAGAACUACCUGAUGGACAUUGAAUUAGCUGUGCCAGAGAGCUGGACCAUCACCAAGACUCGUGAAGUCGAGACAAUAGUGCGGGAAAGGAUUGGCGAGAAGAUCAAGGGUGUUAAGAGACUACGUGUCCGAUUCGUUGCAGAUAAUACCGAUCCAAACGUAUUCGACGAGUUCAUCAACUUCGAUCCGCGAUCGCGUGAGCUACAAGCGGAUCACGACCACGAUCACGACCACGACCACAAUCAUCCACACAGCAAUGGUGCACCCCAAUCUAUCAGCAAGAGGCAAUAA